GGCUUGUGCCUCUUGGUCGCCGAUGCUGCCACGCCGUGGUGGAAAACGGCCUCCUUCUAUCAGAUCUACCCGCGCUCAUUCAAGGACAGCGAUGGUGACGGUGUUGGCGAUCUGAAGGGCGUUAUGGAGAAAUUGGAAUACCUGAAGGAGAUUGGAGUAACAGCCACCUGGCUAUCUCCAUUUUUAAAGUCACCCAUGGCCGAUUUUGGCUAUGAUAUUUCUGAUUUUACUGAUAUUGAUCCGCUCUUCGGCACCAUGGAGGACUUCGAGGCCUUGAUGGCGCGUGCCAAGCAACUGAAUGUGAAAAUAAUUUUAGAUUUUGUGCCCAAUCAUUCGAGUGAUGAGUGCGACUGGUUUGUACGAUCUGCUGCCGGUGAAGAAGAGUACAAGGACUAUUAUGUGUGGCAUCCGGGAUUUAUUGAGAACGGCGAACGUCGUCCGCCCACAAACUGGGUUAGCGUGUUCCGUGGCUCCGCCUGGGAGUGGCAUGAGGGGCGCCAGGAAUACUAUUUGCACCAGUUCCACAAAAAACAACCUGACUUCAAUUUUCGCAAUCCCAAAGUCCGUGAGCAAAUGAACGAUGUCCUUCGCUUUUGGCUGGCCAAGGGAGUCGACGGGUUCCGUGUCGAUGCCAUCUAUCACGCCUUUGAAGUCGCACCUGAUGCCAAUGGCAAUUAUCCCGAUGAGCCGCGUAAUGAUUGGACUGAUGAUCCGGAUGAGUACGGCUAUACACACAAGAUUUAUACCGUCGAUCAGCCAGAGACGCCCCAUUUGGUGUACGAGUGGCGUAAAAUUUUGGAACAGUUCCAGAAAGAUAAUGGUGGCGAUGAGCGCGUACUGAUGGUGGAAACUUGGUCGCCGAUUGAGAUCGUCAUGCACUAUUAUGGCAAUGAAACGGCGGAGGGGGCUCAAAUACCCUUCAAUUUCCAAUUGAUAAGCAACCUGCACCGCGAUUCCGAUGCGUAUCACUACGAGUAUUUGAUUAACAACUGGCUGUCACUGAUGCCGGCGGGCAAGAGUGCCAACUGGGUGAUUGGGAAUCACGAUAAGAAUCGCGUAGGUUCGCGCUUCGGUGCCGAGCGCAUUGAUCUCUUCAACAUUUUGUUGCUCACUCUCCCCGGCUGCAGCAUCACCUACAAUGGAGAUGAGUUCGGUAUGUUGGACGGUUACGUUUCCUGGAAGGACACUGUGGACCCGCAGGCAUGCAAUGGCUAUGAAGAGAACUACAUGGCUAUGUCACGAGAUCCAGCGCGAACCCCUCUUCAAUGGAGUGAUGAGUUCAUGGCUGGCUUCACCUCCGGCAGCUCCACAUGGCUGCCGAUUGGCGAGGACUACAAGUCCGUAAAUGUGAAGCUGCAACGCGGCGUCCCCCUCAGUCAUCUGAAUAUUUUCAAGCGCCUGCAACAGCUUCGCGCCGAGCCGGCUAUUCAGCAGGGAGCUGCUGAGAUCAAGGCAAUCAAUUCAUAUGUGCUGGGAGUGAGGCGAUAUCUCAGUGGAAAUUAUGUCUACAUUUCGCUCUUCAACAUAUUCGACUCCAUUGAGAAUGUGAACUUGAACGCCGUCUUCGCGGGUCUGCCUUCAACGUUCCAGUACGCUUUGGUCACCAGUAGAUCCAUCAAGCAGUUGGGAGACCAAGUGUCUGCUAGUAGCGUAACUCUCAUGCCCUACGAGUCCGUUGUUUUAAAGUCCACAACGAUAUUGUAAGGGCAGCUCGCGAUCCAAAUACCAUUACAUACACACAUACUAUACAUACAUAUAUACCUCAAUAAAUCAGUUUAAUGUACAACCGACGGCAUACA